AUGACAGAGAAAUCGGAGCACCUAAAGGACGUGGCACCCACAGAGAGGAAGUCCAUGUGGAGGACCGCCGAGGAGAGGCGGAUGUCCGACCUCACCCGGGUGCUGGAGUGGCUGGAGCGGAGACAGGGGAAGAAAAGACUCAUUUUCCAGCCCUCCAGUCACGUCACCAAGAACGGGGACCCCAUCAUGUACCGAAGGCUCUACAGUAUAGACCCGAAGGGACCCCGCCUCAGCAUAAUUCCUGGCAACUACACCAAGGACGGCCCCAGGAAAUCCGACAUCAACAUCAAGGACGCCAUCGCCCUGGAGUCCACGCAGCGGCCCCUGUCCUACCGCCACCAAAGCAUCGCGGACUCCCUGCUGCAGGAGCCGCCUGCCUUCAGCGCUCGGAAGUCCACCCUCCUGAGAGACUGGGUAAUGAGCAGGACGUCCGACGUGUCCUACGAGCGCAAGCUGAGGAGCCUCAUGGAGAAGGGCGUGGAGCCCAAGGCCGAGGCCGUGAGGAUGCUGAAGCCUGAGGAGGUGCUGAGCUGCCGAUACCUGAGGUUGUCCAAGAACAACAUUCGAACCUUGCUCAAGCUGUGCAAGGAUGCAGGCCUGAAUGUGGACAUCCAUCCCCACAUGGUCGAAGGAGAGAUAGAUGCCAAAAAGGUGUUCGCCCCAAACCCCAGCAUAGCCCUCUAA